CGAAUGAAAAACGCUGAACGCUGCCACAUUUUUUGCAGUACUUGUAACAGGAAGCGGGAUAAAGCUUGGCUUAGAUCUUCUUGUCCCCGUAGAACACGGCAGAAACUAUUUAUUGCACAACCAUGAUCAAACAGGGGCUCCUUUUUAUGGGAUGACAAGGGCAAGGCUCUGGGUGAAAAAGUUGCCGGCAGAAAUAGCUGGAGCAAACGAGGAGCUCCUCGGACCUCGGCUGGUGGCAUCUGGGAUGGUGUUCGGCCUCAGCAGCCUGUGGAGUCCGAGCUGGUCCGCUGUAUUUUAUGUUGGCAGGUACGAGGAAUUGAAAUGACAUAGAAAAGUGUUCCAAGUGCUGACUGCAAAAUGAGUUCCUUCCACCCGAUGCUGAAAGCAGGUAAACUGAAACUCCAAAAAUAAUGAUCAGCUCACUGGCAAGUUACAGGAAAACCCCAUACAAGGCAACUGAGUAAAGGCCAUGGUAUGAAUGCUUUGUCAGAUAAACUGUCCAAAAGAAGCACAUAUUUGGAGGCUGUUACAUUAAAGUGUUGAACUCUACUCCGUGUCCCUCCCUACUACGCUUCUGCAUACAAAAUGUUCCAGAGGAAGGAGCUGAUGUGGCUUAUUUGUCACUAAAGUAACUACAUUGGAUGCUACCGAGUAAUGCAGAGGACAGUGAAGCUUGAACUCUCUAAUGGAAAAUUCUUUGCAGCAAAAGAUGACAUCUGUAUUCUUGUUUGUCAGUCUUCUCAUUCUACUGAUGCCUCUGUUCAGUGCUGAAGAAUGCAUUAUUUGUGAUUACUUUGUGCUUGUUGGAGAGCCUACAGCUAUUAGUUGCCCAAUAAUUCCAAUGCCAGUGCUUCCCCCUGAUUACAAUCUGACAUGGUACAAAAAUGGUAGUGCUACACCAAUAACCACAGAGAAAGAUGCUAGGAUCCAUCAGCGUGAGGGCUUGCUUUGGUUUAUUCCUGCAAUGCUGGAAGAUUCCGGACUUUAUGAAUGUGUUGUAAGGAGCCUUAAUCACUCUAACAAGAAACCUAUAAAUUUAUCAGUUUUUAAGAAUGAUAAUGGUUUGUGUUUUAAUGGAAAAAUGAAGUUUGAACAAAAGGUGAUGAGCAGAAAUACUGGAAAGAUAAUAUGCCCUGAUCUGGAGUAUUUUAAAGAUGAAGAAAAUGAUCAGCCUGAAGUAUACUGGUAUAAGGAGUGUAAGCCUGGAUUUCUUGAAGACAAGCGACUUGUUUUGGCAGAGAGAGAAAACGCUGUCUUGAUUCACAAUGUAAGUGUACAGGACAGAGGAAACUACACGUGCCGUAUGGUUUACACUUACAUGGGAAAACAGUAUAAUGUUUCACGAACCAUGAGUCUAGAGGUUAAAGAAAGACCAGUGCAGAUGAGACCAGAAUUUAUUUAUCCGAAGAACAAUACAAUUCAAGUAGAACUUGGCUCUCAUGUAGUUAUGGAAUGUAAUAUAUCAAGUGGCAUAAAUGGCUUGAUUCCAUUCUGGCAAGUUAAUGAUGAAGAUGUUGAUAGCUUUGAUAUUACCUACAGGGAACAGUUUUAUGAUUUCUUUACAGAUAUUUCGUUUUUACCUUUUUUCAAUGACAGAAAAGGGAUGCCUCAUGGAAUUGCUGUGUCUGGAACAAAAUUUAACAUUUCCAAAGUGGAAGUAAAGGAUUACGCUCAUAAAUUUUUCUGUCACUUUACAUAUGGCUCUCAACAUUUUACAGCCUACAUCAAAUUGGAACGCCCAGCUCAGAACAUUCAGGGCUACCUAAUUGGAGGAGGAGUUUCCUUGGUAUCUUUAGUAUUUUUGAUUCUCUUUAUCUACAAGAUCUUCAAAAUUGAUAUUGUGCUCUGGUACUGGGACUCCUGCCAUCCUUUCCUGGGUAAAAAAGUUUCAGAUGGGAAAAUCUAUGAUGCUUACAUUCUGUAUCCAAGGAACAGGGAGAGAGGCUUGUAUUCAUCAGAUAUUUUUGCUCUGAAGAUACUGCCAGAGGUCUUAGAAAGGCAGUGUGGUUAUAACCUCUUCAUUUUUGGAAGAGAUGAUUUACCAGGAGAAGCUGUGAUCAGCACUGCUGAUGAAAAAAUCCGUCAAAGUAGAAGAGUGAUUGUAGUUUUAGUACCAGAACCCUCUUGUUACAGUGUUACGGAAGAUGUGUCAGAAAAGCAUCUAGCCAUGUACAAUGCUCUUAUCCAAGAUGGCAUUAAAGUAAUUCUCAUUGAACUUGAAAAAAUACAAGAUUAUGCAGACAUGCCUGAAGCCAUCAAAUACAUUAAGCAAAAGCAUGGAGCUAUCCGAUGGAAAGGGGAUUUCUCAGAAAGGUCUCACUCAGCAAGUACCAGAUUCUGGAAAGAAGUACGCUACCACAUGCCACCCAGAAAAAAUGCACCUUCAUCACAGCUGCGUUUGUUACCAAGAGACUUGAGUUCUCCCUAAACAACAGAAAAAUUACACUCAUCAACUCUGUGACCUGAAUUACUCAGUGAUGGAUUGACUGAAGGCCGCACGUGUCUGUUUUGUGCAGACAAUAUCAUCCAAAUUUUCUGGAUCAAAGGUUAGCAGCUUUGUCUACAGAUGUGAAAUCCUCCUUCUGGCCAGAUCAACACCUUGUAAUAUUGUCAGCUGCACUGUGACAUCAAAAACAUGUAGGAACUACAUGAUGCCUUUUCCAAGAAUUGCACUGUGAUUUUGGUGAAAAUUUUUCAGUUGUAAAAAUGGAAGGGGUGAAAAACUAUCAAAACCCAGAAAAGUUGGUGGUUUAUUUUUCCAAUUAAAGGUUGAAUAUGAAGGGAACUAUAUUAAUUACAAUUGUGAUGCUUUAUAAUGGGCAUGGUUGAUGCCAGUGAACGUUAUUGUUUUAAUUUUUUUCAUUGAAAUUACACAACUUUUUAUUUGUUACAAGUCGUUAUUUGCCUUGUUCAGUUUGCUGAAAGAUAAAUCACCAUUUUUACUUCACUGUGUGUUAUCACCCCCCCAAAAAAGGUAAGACAAUGUCAGCUCCCCAAAGUGCUAUUGAACCUGACACAGCAUAAAUAGCCUUCCCUGAUCUUUUUUAUAUUUUAAAGAAAUCUACAAUUUUUAGGCACUUAUCCCAUGCAGACAGCAUGAAAAUAUCAUUGUUAAACUGCACUGAGUAAAGAAAAAA